AUGCUGAUUAUUUGGCAACAUUUAGCUUUUGAGUCUCAGUAAUCUUCCAUGUGUGCGAGCUUUCACAUCCAUUGGUGGCUGUGCGCUCUGGACCCUUCACAGCCUCCCUCUCCUCCCCCUCCUCUCCUCUCCUCGCCGCGCAGAGCUCGACGCGCACAAGCACAACAGAUGGUACAGUACUACAAGCUGCAGGAGCGCAAGAAUUUGGCUCAGAAGUACUUUUAUACCUCCAAACUUCGCCGGAACGUUUAGUAUCAGAGGAAUUGGCGGGAUUCUCCGUGGACAAACUCGACUUUCCGAGAGUCACUGGAUCCUGUGUUUAGAGGCGCAGUUCGCUGCCAAGGUCGGGUGUGGCCAUGCCAUUUGGCUGUUUAACAGUUGGGGAAAAGAAGGAAUACCACAAUCCUUCAGAUGUGACAGAUAGAUAUGACCUGGGCCAGACUGUUAAAUCGGAGGAGUUCUGUGAGAUUUUCAGGGCCAAGGAUAAAGCAACAAUGAAAAUGUACACGUGUAAAAAAUUCCUGAAAAAAGAUGGGAGAAAAGUCCGCAAGGCUGCCAAAAAUGAGAUCCUCAUUCUGAAGAUGGUGAAGCAUCCCAACAUCCUCCAACUGGUUGAUGUCUUCGAGACCAAAAAGGAGUACUUCCUCUUCCUUGAACUCGCAACAGGCAGAGAGGUGUUUGACUGGAUCCUGGAUCAAGGCUACUACUCAGAGCGAGACACCAGCAACGUGGUGCGUCAGGUGCUGGAGGCUGUGGCCUACCUCCACUCCCUGCACAUUGUCCACAGAAACCUGAAGCUGGAGAACUUGGUGUACUACAACCGUCUCAAGCAUUCCAAAAUCGUCAUCAGUGAUUUCCAUCUGGCAAAGCUGGAGAACGGUCUAAUCAAAGACCCCUGUGGGACACCAGAGUACUUGGCUCCUGAAGUGGUUGGAAGACAACGAUAUGGCAGGCCUGUGGACUGCUGGGCAAUAGGUGUCAUCAUGUACAUACUCCUGUCAGGCAACCCUCCUUUCUACGAUGAAACUGAUGAUGAUGAUUAUGAAAACCACGACAAGAACUUGUUUCGAAAAAUUCUUGCGGGUGAUUAUGAGUUUGACUCUCCUUACUGGGAUGAAAUCUCUGAUUCAGCUAAGAACCUGGUUGCUCGUUUGAUGGAGGUGGAUCAAGACCAGAGACUGACGGCCCAGGAAGCUAUAAACCAUGAAUGGAUCUCUGGUGGUGCAGCAUCAGAUAAGAACAUCAAGGAAAAUGUGUGUGCACAGAUAGAAAAGAAUUUUGCCAGAGCUAAAUGGAAGAAAGCUAUCCGAGUCACCACCAUCAUGAAGAGACUAAGAGCACCUGAGCAGAGCGAGUCGAGGUCCACCGUCCCUAUGGGGGGGGCGCCUGCAGACCCCUCCGCUCCCCUGGCUUCCACUGAUCCCUCAGCGCCUUCUUCUGCUGCCUUGCCCGAGGGCGCUCCUGGUGCUGCCACAGAGCUGCCCACUGGAGAGGAGAAGAGCCAACAGGGACCACCGGCCGAAUCAAUGGCAGCAGCCUCAGCCGGGGAGCCACAGCCGCCGAACCCGGAACCGCAGGUGGCCGAACCCACUUUGCGUUGCAACGGGGAAGCUUCUACUGCGCUUCACACAGCUGCUGAGGCAAUAGAUGAGCAGGGUUAAAGCUCCCCACGGUACCAGCCCGGUGUGAACUCUCAGUCUCACCGACUCCUGCACAAUGUACAUUAGCUGCUAGCAUGGUGACACUGACUCUGCUUACUUCACACUUGCAGCAUUAGAAUCAUCUCAUGAAGGCUGUGUGCUUACCUUUUGCUGAGUGCUGCCUUUCUUUUUUUCUAACAUGUAUAGCACUUUCACAUUUUGUUAAAUAAUCAAAUCUGUCUACUUAAAUUUGAGCUUUAGAGGUGAAAUAGAUCAGCUGUCAAGAUUUUGGCCCACAUCUAAAGCCUGCUCGCCUGCCAAUCGUAAUAAGAGUGUAAAUAAAUGUGCAACUUUGUAUUAAAAUUAUUUUGAUUGCUGUUUAAUCACCUGGAAAGAGAAAAUUGGAGAAAUGGUCCCACAGAGACCACCAUAGUGAUAGGUAAGAAAAGCUUCAAACACAUGGAGAAAGGUACAGUGCCUGGCGAAACAUUCAUACACCUUGAACCUUCCCAUAACCUUAUCAUCACAAACUUCAAUGCAUUUUAUUGGGAUUUUACUUGAUAGAUCAAUGUAACGUAGUGAAUAAUUGUGAUAUCGAAGGAAAUGAUUAUAGUUUUCAAAAUAUUUUAUGAACAAAUAUCAGAAAAUCUGCCCAUUAUUCUUUGCAGAAUUGCACAAGCUCAGGCAGACUGAAUAUUGUCUGUCAACAUCAAGUUUGGCAACCAAUCCUUAAUCGGAAUCAUGUCUGCACAUAAUUAUGGUUUGUUCUAAACUAUUCAUUCUAUUGCAACUUUGAUUAUGUUUAGGAUUGUUAUCCUGCUGGAAGUUUCAAGUCUUAUGCAGCCUUUAGCUGGUCUUCAUUAAGAAUUGUCCUGUAUUUAGCUUCAUCAAGCUUCCCAUUAACUCAGGGCAACUUCUACCUGCUGAGGAAAAGCAUUACCACUGCAUGAUGCUGCCACCACCAUGUGCAGAUGCUUUCCCAACUGUGAUAUGCAGUGUUAGUUUUGUGACCCCUACAGUGUUUUGCACGAAGUUCAAAGGCUUUAAUUUUUGUUUCUUCUGACCAGAGCACCUUGUUCCACAUGUUUGCCGUGCCAGCCUACAUGGCUUGUGGCAAACUUCAAACAUUACUUAUUUUGGUUUUCUUUAAUCAAUAGUUUUCUCAUUGCAACUCAGUAAAAAACAUAUUUAUAGAGACCACAUCUAUUGGUGGUCCUAAAUAUAUUCUCCCACCUGAACUGUGGAUCUGUGAAUCUUCGUCAGAGGUACCAUGGACCUCUGGCCACUAGUUUGAUUAAUGCCCUCCUUGUCCAACCUGUCUGUUUCUGUUUAGAUGGACCACCGUGUCUUGGUAGAUUUGCAGUCAAACUAUGCUAUUCCCAUGUUCAGAUGAUGGAUUGAACGGAGCUCCUUGAGAUGUUCAGUGCUUGAGAUGUUGUUUAAUAACCAAACCUUGCAUUGAACUUCUCCACUACUUUUCCCCUGACCGGCCUAUUGUGUUCCUUGGUCUUCGUGAUACUGUUUGUUCACUAAUUCUAACAACCUCUGAACAGCUGGAUUCAUAUUGUGAUUAAAUUACACACAGGUGGAUGGGUGACCUCUGAACGGGUUGCACUGCAUUUUAUUCAAGGAGAAUCAGAGUACAGGACAUUCAUUAAGGUUUUCCUUUUUGAUGUGUGAAGAAAACAUUAAAAACUACAUAAUUCCUUACCUUCAACUUUUGCUUUAUGUUGGUCUCAUCACAUAAAAUCCCAAUAAAAUACUGUAAGUUUGUGUUUGUAAUGGAAGAAAAUGUUCAAAGGGUGUGAAUACUUCCCGGUUCUGUACCUUCGAAUGACGCAGCUUCACACAUAAACACACAAACACUACGUUCCUUCGCUAAGUUGCCCAGGAAAGAAUCUCCUGGCUGUUAAAUGUAAAGAGCCUGUACAUAGAGACCUUUGUAGAAGUAGCUAAAAACAGCAUGCAUUUAUUCUCCAUGUACUCCCACUUAGUGGAAAAAGAUCCGUUGUCGCCAACUCUGUCUAAUCUUACGCUGUGCAGCACCACUGCCUCUUGCAAAGCCUUGUCCAUGCUGAAGCUCUUUUCUGAAGCAUACUAUAUUGCAUUACUGCUCUGCUCAUAGUGUCCAUGCUGUUACUGUAAGUCACAUGAGAACGUAAAUAGUUUUCAUUGCAUAGCAAUUCUAUGCAUCUAAAUUAUCAGUAGAUUUUUAAUUCUAAACAUGCCACAUUCUGACGCCUUUAAUAAGCUGAUAUCAGUUGUUUUCUUUUGCUAGAUCUCCACUUGCCUGCAUUUGCUUUCACUUGAUCCUGACAUUUGUGCUCUGAUGCUGUAUCAAAUACCACUCAUGUCUUAACAUUUGGCUGAAACUGUAAAAAGACAAGCAUUACCCAGCAAAUAUAAGAGAAGGAAAUAUGAGGGAGAGUUUUAUUUAAGAUUUUUUGUUAAGGUUUUUGUUCUGUUAUUUGUUUUGCCCUUUUUUUCUACAGCAUCAUCAAACUUAUGGUAGCCUUGGUAAAGAUGUGUAAGAAGCCUUAAAAUGAAUUUAUAUAUUUUUUGCUAAUUAUUUCACACCAGACAGUUUAGAAAAAACAACCUUUAAUUUACAUUUAUUUGGUUAGGCAUAGAAACCUCCUUCAGCAUUUAAAAAUAAUUGUUUUUCUUACAAAUUUACUAUUGCCACACCUUUUGGCAGUCCCACUGUUUAGACUUUCUACAACUCCAACUGAACAGCUCUGAUUCUUCUUAACAGAUCUUUGAUCAUCCCCUCGUCUGACCUCUUCUGCACAGUUCACCCAACACUGCUGUGUGCACUGUCAUGACUAUGGAAGAAGACUGUGUCUAGUGAACCAUUUCUGUGUUGAUUAGCCCAUAUGUUUUGGAACAUUCUCCUGAAAGAUCCCAGGAUGACCCGUUUUUCAGGUCUCUGGUAGAGGCCACCAGAUUUAUAUUUAAAAUCUCAUGGUAUUUCAAACAUCUCAUGGGGAUUUAAGAUUUAAAGGACUUGGCAAAUUUACUUUGAAAAUGUGCAAAGAAGAAUCUUCAUUGUUUGAUUGUUUUGUCAACGUAAUUACAAUCUGAUGCUACAAAGUAAAUCUUAUAAAUAAUAACCAAUUCCUCAGGAUUUCUUUUAGAUUCAGUCAAUAAAGCCCUUCCACAAUCCACCAAAUCUGUACUGAAAAGCAGUUAGUCGUGGUGAUGUUCUUAACAGGAAGAGGGGCCCCAAAUCAAAUUCUGCUUAAGGCCCUAUACUACAUUGGGCCAGCCUAAGUGGCAUUAGUCUCAUCUGCCCAAAGUCACUGUUUCCAGCUGAAGUCUGAGUGAUGAAUAGUGAACUCCACAUCCCUAUGUUUGUGAUGUUGAGACAGAAAAGGCUUUUUACCAACACUUUUACCAAACAACUGGUUGAAAUGUGGAUAGCAUUUAAUGUUGUAGUGAUGGAAAUUCUGGGUUUUUAAAAGUGCUCAUUGUUAUGCCUCGGCUCGCUUAUUAAGACUGUAUUUAAUAAGACCGUAUAUUAGGCUCCUAAGUUCCUCUCUAGUUUUUUAACAGAUGUCUGGGGAUUUUUUUUCACCUCCUUAACUAACAAUCAAUGAGGCCCCAAUGAUUUUUUUUUUAAAAUCAAUUGUAUUUUUUUGUAUUCUUUAAUGUAGGACAACCCCUACACACACAAGCACACACACUCACAGAAAGACACACACACUAAACAACUGCAGUUAAAUUGUUGACUGGAUUUUUCAUUUUUGUAUGAGAUUACAUCUUUACCAGGGGUGCUGAUAAAUGUGAAGGACACUGUGUUCAUUUAGUUGGUCUCAUUUUUAGUUUAUUUUUGAUGAACAGUAGUAAUAACCUAUCCUCUCCUGUCGCUGGUCCACUCAAGUGUUAAUAUUGUGCAACAGGUUCAGGUCUCUGUGAUCACACCACAUGGAAAAAUGGAGCAAUAUUUGACUGGCUGCAGAAACUGUGAUUCUUUGUGUCCUUUCGAUACAAUCCACAUGACCUUUAGCAGAAGUCUGUAGUCCUCGCCGACUGUCAGCGUCACAAACACACAGAGCCACUACCAUAAGGUUGAUGUCAAAUAACUGUGUGUCCAUGUGUGUGUAGGUGGCUGUGUGGGUGGCCUGUUCUGACACACAUGGAAAAUGUAUUUGUUUUUUAUGAACAGGCCCCAGAAAGAGAGCAGCUUCUGUCUCAGUGCAAUUAUCAGAUAUCCUAAUUAAUUUCUAACAGGUCAUCAUAUACACACAGUCACAUUGAUUGUUAAAAGUGUACAUACAUCUGAAUUUUGAUGACAAUGUACAUUUUAAAAGAAACAGUCUACUGUACUUAUUAGAUUUUGUGAUAGAUACCUAAAUUACAGUUUAUUUAAUAACACAGCUUUUUGAAAUUGUAUUACAUUUGGUCACAGCACAAGUUACUCACAUUAUAUCACUGUGUUACUGCUAUAACAGUUUCUUGUUAACAUUUUCAAAUCCCUGAAGCUUUUCUACUUUUUUCACUUUACAACCAAAACUUUCAUCGUGUUUUAUUGGGAUUUUAUGUGACAGGCCAACACAAAGUGAAGAAUCACUCUGAAGUUGCAGAGAAAUGAUAUGUGGCUCUCAACAUUUUUUUACAAAUUAAAAUCUGAGUUUGUUAUGCAUUUGUGUUCACCCCACCCAGAGUCAACACUUCAUAGAAUAAAACAUAGCUUUUACUGUUGGAUUUUUGUUUCUGGUAUGUCUCUACCAGCUUUGUACAAGAGUAAAAUUUUUUACCCAUUCUUCUUUGCAAAAUAGCUCAGCCUCAGACAUAUUAGAUGGACUUUCUGAGAACAGCAUUUUUUAAGUCUUGCCACAGAUUCCCAAUUGAAUUUAGGUCUGGACUUCGACUAGGACCUUUUAACACAUGAAUGCUCAAUGAACUAUUCUAUUGUAGCUCUGCUUGUAUGUUUAGGGUUGUUGUCCAGCUACAUUCAUUCUCCCUAUUAGCCCUGACCAGCUUCCCUGUACCGGUUAAAGAAAGGCACCCCUACACCAUCUGACACAUUCUUCCUAAUGUGUGCUCGGUCUCCUACAUGGCUUUUGACAAAUUUGAAAUAGGAAUAUCUAUAGCUUUUUUUUAAACAAUGGUUUUCUUCUUUCCAUACUUCGACAAAGGUCAGAUAUGUGGACUGCUCUUCUAAAAGUUGCUAUAUAAACAGUUUCUUCCACUUGAGCUGUGAAUCUCUGCAGCUCCUCCAAAAUCACAAUGGGCCCUUUGGCUGCUUCUCUGAUUAAAGGUCUCCUUGCCAGGCCUGUCGGUUUAGGUGGGCAGCCAUGUAUUCGUAAGUUGGGAGUCAUGCCAUACACAUCUUCGGAAGAUGAUUUGAACAAAGCUCUGUGAGAUGUUCAAAGCCUAAUUAUUAAGAUGUUGUUUUAUGACCUAUCCCGGCUUUUAACGUCUCCACAGUUUUUUCUCCUGUCCGCUGGUCUUCACAAUACUGAUUGUAAAAUGUUUUCUCACAAACGUCUGAGGCCUUCAGAGAACAUUGUAUUACACUUUACAACUGUGUUGCUCUACCACAUUAUAAACCCAACAAGAUAGACUGAGUUUUGAGGCUGUAAUUUGACAAAAUAGUAGAAAGUUCUCAGGGUGGGAAUACUUUUACAAGGUGCUGUGAAUAAUUAUUUAGAUUUUAAGAAAAGGCUUAUUCAGAAUAUAUCAGAUAAAUAUCUCUGAUUACAUAAUUUUAUGGUCGAAUGUGUUUGAUGUUGAGUAAACACUGUUAUUAUCUGAAGCACUGAUUUUUCCCAAGGCAUUUCUCUCUGUAUUUCUCUGUUCAUUUUGCCACGCUCCCACAGACUUUUGUGUUCAUGUGAUGUUUGCCAGGAACAGUGGUCACCCGCCGCUCCCGUCCUGCGUUUUUGUAAGCUUUGUAAUGUACUCCUUGACUGACUUGAUGACUUUAACAGUAAUAAAAAUUGAUUUCAUGUCUU